GUCUGGCGCGCGGAAGAACCAGCGCGUCGACCCGACGGCGUUCCGCAUGCAUCUCUUCUCGCUUGUUCUCUCCUCUCUUCUCGUUUCUUCUCUGUCUUCCUUCUCUCUCUCCUCUCCUUCUUUUCUCUCUUUUGCCCUGUCCUGCCGUCUCUUCUCGUCGUUCUCUCUAAGCUUCUUCGGCUCGCAGGGACUCGCUCAAAUGGCCGCGCUCCCAGAGGGUCGCGGAGAGGGUGCAAGGCCGUCGCGGCGCGCGGUGACCGCGACACCGCAGCUGUGUCGUUCUUUCUUUUGGAAUUUACGCUCAUCUGCGGCAAGACGCGUCCCAUGAGUUCAGCAACGCAUCGCCGAAAAUCCUCUGCUUCUUCGCGGCACGACUGUCCUCGUUUUUCUGCCUCCUCAUCCUCCUCUCCUGUGCCGUUCCCCUUCUAGGGCAAGACAGAGCAUCCAGGAAAAGAUCUCCUCUCGGCCCUGCAGGGACCAAGAACUUGUUUCACUGACUCCUUCUCCCUCCUCUCGACUACUCAGCGUCUCUCUGUACAGACAUCCGUCAUCCUUCUCCUCUUCUCCGCUCUCCAGAGCUUUACACUUUCUCUGAGUUUUGUGCCUCUCUUCCCCUCCCGUUCUUUCUUUCUCUGUAUCAGGCGAACUGCAGACGAUGGAGCGUGACGACGCCUCUUCCUUUUCCUUCUUUUCUCCGUCUCUGCAGACGGCGUCUUCUUCCUCUCACUCGUCCUUCUUUUCUUCUUCCUCUUCGUCCUCACAAUCGCGUCCUUUUCCUUCCUUCUCGGCUUGUCCGGGAUCUCACCUCUUCGUCUCUCCGUCUGCGCCGGCUCUCCACGCACGAAUGCGAGACCCCUCGAAUUCGCGCCAAGAUUCAACAGGCGAGACCCUCUUCGAAGGAGACACUGGUGGAGGGGACAACGUUUUCACAGAAGUUCGCGUUGGAGGAGACGCCGUUUUGAGAGGAGACAGUCUCCUUUCUCGCCUUGCUGUCUCCUCCUCUUCGUGUGGUCUGCGCCCGAGCGCUGGGGCUUCAGACGGCCGUCUUUCCUCGCCGUUUCGCUCGCAGGCUUGGCAGAUCAGAGACACUCUCUCUGCGUUUUCUGCGAACGAAAAGCAGUCCGUUUCUCAAGGCAGCAUCUUCCCCCGACGCAACUCCCGGCCGCGGAGACACCCUCUAUCUCGCCGAAGUCCACUGCACCGUCCCCACAGCUUUCCAUCCUCUCCAGCUCCGACAGCCUCGUUCUGCUCUUCUCUCUCGUCUCUCCUGGCCUCACUGCAGCCGCGCCGGCGGCUGCAGGCCCCGCCGUGCACCCUGCAUGGCGUUCGCAGGCAACAAAAGAGGAAUUUUUCUCUCGGACUCGAGGAUGAAAACUCGCAACCGCUUUCUUCAACAGGCAAGACACCUCGGCCAGAAUCACCGGCAGCGAAGCCGUCUUCCUCCUUUUCGUCUUCUCUCUCUUCUUCUUCUUCUUCUUCUCCUCUUUCGUCAUCUUCUUCUCUUUCUUCUUCACCGUCUGGUCUCUCUUCUUCUUCUUCUGUGCCCGUGUGGGGCAGCGGCGCAGUUGAGGUGUAUAGACAGCUGCGAGCGCGAUGCCGGGCGCCUGCGCAGUGUCGGUCUCAGUUGUUCGCUUCUUCCUCCGGGAGUUCGCGGCGCAGGCUCUCGGGAGAGCUUUCCAGCAGCAGAGACAUUGUCUCCGUUCAGGAGGCAACAAGCACAGCAGCGAAGAGCGGAGAAGUACGACGACAGCCUCUCGCUUUGUUGUGCGGAGACUGCUCUUCUCUCGCAGCCUCCGAGGAAGACUUCGCGACCAUGCCGCUCUUCCAGCAAGAAGUGAUGAACGACUUGCUUCUUCUUCUUCCUCUCGCUCCUCCUUCUUCCUCGGUUUCGUCGGAGUCUUCUUUCUCUCAGAUCGUGGGCGAGCGCCUGGUGGCGAGGCUGCUGGUCUCGUCUGAAGAAGAACUGCCCCGUGACGGCACGGCGAGACCAGAGGAGAACGCGCAGAAGGUCGCGUCUUCCUCUGCCUCUCCAAAAUCCUCUCCUGCUUCCGUUGAUUCACCUUUGUGUGUGCCCGCUUGCCAGCUUCCCGUUCUUCCGAAGACUUCAGAGGUCAAGGAGGGCGUCUCCUUCUUUCUAGGCGACGCUGCCUUCCGACAGGCCUCUUGGGGGCUCCUCCACAGAGGCCUCUGGCGAGAGGUGCAGCGAGUCCUGCACUGUCCAGCGCCUUCCGAUCUCUCUCUCUGUCUCGGAACCGCGAUGCUACGCUCGGGUCGCCUGCAAGAAGCUCUGGAGUUUCUGACUUGUGAAAUUCCGUUUGAAGACCUCCCUUCUCAUAUUGCGGCUCCGUUGCACCUUUUGCUGGCCGAGGUGUACGACGAGCUGGGCGCGACUUCGCAUGGCACCGAGGCGCUCUGCGCGGCCUGCGACUUUCUGCCAACUGGCGCGUGCAGUGAAAACCUCUCUUUCUCACCCUUCUCUGGCGAAAAAGAACGUCUCCGGGCGUUUCCUUCGCAGACGAGAAACACAGAAGAUCUCUCGUUUGCCAUCCCUGGAGCACUUUCGCGACUCAUUGGACACGCGAGAAUUCCUCCUGAAGAAGAGGAACGCGUUUUGUCUCGGUUGAUGGCUGCCCUCUCUCACGCACAUCGCUGGUGGAUACAUUUUUUCUGGACGAGACGCGCCGGCCGACGGGAGCCUCGAGGACAGCAGGACCCUCCGGGGUAUUGCAGUGCACCACCGGACGACAGACUCGCGAAUUACUGCUCUCCUUCCUCUUCUCCGGUCUCUUCGUCUUCCUCCUUUUCUUCUUUCUCUUCCCUUUUGAAUUCUUCGCCGCCGUGGAAAUUAGAGCCUUCUUCGCUGGUCUCGACUCCCGACGCUGUGGAGACUUUGCGCGUUUGUCGACUGCUUCUCUCCGCCCUCUCUUCUUCUCCUUCUCCUCCUUCCGUUCCUUCUGCUCUUCUUCUCUCGCUAGGGAACGCAAGAUGGCAGGCGCAUUGCUCGUUUUGCGGAUUCGACUUUGACAUCGCCAACUCUCUGUCUGACUUCGUCCUGACUGCCGAUGCCACAGACGUCGACGCUCUCGCCACCAAGGCUUCUUCUCUCUAUCAACUCGGCGCAGCGAGGGCACCCGAGCUCGAAGACUUUGCCAGGCGUCUUCGACGAUUGCAGGGAAACACUGCCAUUUCAGCUUUCGUGACUGGAAAGGCCGCCCUCCUCGGAGCUGCAGGCGACCCUGAAGAACUCCGAAAAGCUGCGACUUUUUUCUCCGAGGCUCUCUCCCUCCUUUGUCGGCACCAGGUAUCUGCGCCUUCUCCCCUCUUCUCGGAAACCGGCGACCGCGGAAAACACCCCUCAAAGCCUUCUUCCUCUUUGUCUUCUUCUUCUACGUUUCCUUCUCUUGGUUCCUCGCUGCUGCCGACGCAAAGACGCUCUCUCGCCUUCCGGUGCUUCGAGGCCCUCGCGCAAACGCAUGCAGAUCUCGGCGAACCUCGGGUGGCCAUCCAGUACCUCCUCCGUGCGGCGCGACUUCAGCCAGGAAACCACCGGGUGUACCUACACCUUGGGAUGCAGGAGUUGGAGGAGAGCGAGAGCACGCCAGAGCCUUCGCUGCGCACUCAGAUGCUCGCGCGAGCAGAGAUGUUUCUCACACAGGCCCUGGAGAUGCAGCCGAAGGAUCCCUUCGUGUACAACGAACUCGCUAGACUGCAUGCAGCUCGAAAUCGACUGGACUGCAGCGUGUGGUACUUGGAGAGAGCCGUGCUGUGCAGUGUACGGACAGCUGCGUCGCCGGCGUUGUUUCUGUCGAACCUCGGACUGGCGUAUCUCCGGACGCAUGCGUUUCGGAAGGCGGAACGAACGUUUCGAGCAGCUCUUGGCGCGCACCUGCGCUUGCGUCCUGCCUCGGCUUUCCUCAAUCCUCUGUGCGAAUCUUUGCCCCAGGUUUUCUCUCCGGAGAGCAGCGAAGAGCGAGAGUCCUGUGCGCCGCGAGGCCGAGUCGCGUUCAGCGAGAUAGGUCGAACGGAGGCUCGGCGAGCAGGAGAGACGGGAGACAACUCGGCGGAUGCCGCAGACUCCACAGGAGACCCGGAGAGAGGAGCCUGUCUCCGAACUCGCAGAGGCGAGACGAGAAACAACGAAUGCAGCUCCCCAGGAGCAAAGGAAGAAGAGACAAGAGGCCGAGGAGAUAGGGAAGAUAGGGAGGGAGGGAGAGAGAGAAGAGAGGGCGUCGACUUUGUUCCGGAUUCACCACUGGUGCGUGGCGCGGGAGAGGAGACAGAGGAAGAAAACGACGAAGAUGGGGGGUUUCGAUUGCGAGAGGUCGACGAGCGAACUGCUCCAGAGAAUCCGUUUUUUUCUGGGGAUCGAGAAGAAACCGAGAGCGAGAAGAAAAACCGAAUCUUCCUCCACAACCUCUGGCUCGGACUAGGCGUCGCUCUCUACGUUCAGGGGAACCCGAUAUGCGUCGGACCUCUGGAGAGGGCGCUGCGUCUCUCUGGAAGCUGCAGUGGCAAAUCGCAAGCGACCUCGAAGGAGGACUCGGCCUCUUUGACGUUUCUUUUGUACACGGCUGCGAUCGAGGAUGCCCCCCUGCUCUUUCCUUCUCUCUCUCCUCGUCCUCCCCUGUCUCUGGCCUCCAAGAGCUUCUCUACAUUUCUUGCCACCUGUGGAGGCGAACAACGCGCGACCCGCGCAAGGCGAUCGGCGACGGAAGCCGGAAAAGACAGGCAAAUCCAGCGACGGACAGCGCACAGAGACGAGAGAGAAGACAGAGAAGAGAGAGAAGCAGGAGCGAAUUUAGUGGGGAAAAAAAGGCGAGUUGAAGGAGAGGCGCGGCGACGCAGAAAAGAGGUGAACGAGUUGUUGGAUGACGUUUUAGAAGUCUUUCGAAAGCGUGAGAAAGAGCGAGAGGCUCACAUGGCAGGAGAACCAGACACAGAGAGUGCGGAACAUUUCAGUUUUUUCUUUUUGGAGGAAGCGCGUAGAACGCAAGCGACGUGCUGUUGGCAGGCUUAAGCAGUCCAAAGGGGUGGCGAUGUGAAGUCAGAGACAGAGCAGGAGAGAAGUACCAGUCACAGAGAAUCCGAAACAUAUCAGUUCUUUUCGUGAUAGCGAGAAACACAGAAACCUCAAAGAAGCAGUCACCAAGGUUUUACCAAGGACGCCCCAGAGAUGAAGGCAGACCCGUCAAUGUGUCACAGUCGCGAGUUUUGUGCGGAGACAACAGGCAGCUUCUGACGACUUUUGUGAUUCCAGAUUCUACACGUAACUUCCGCGGAAACAGAAUUGUGGAACACCCUGCAUGCGCAGAAACAGUGUGUGCUUCCCCGAUGGUUCAUUCAAGUCUCUGCCUCUUGUCCCAGACGCGCUGAUUUCACGCCC